CUUAUUUAAGUUAUGAACUCUUAAAAAUAAAACGGCGAUAAGGUUAGAGAGUAGCUUGAAAACGUUCGCUGUAAGGAUAUAUACGUUAGAUUAAAUAGAAAAUAGAGUGCCUUAACGUUGAGAACGUAACUUCAUUAAUCUGUGAUAAACUGAUGUGUUACAGCAGCCAGGCCACACGUAAAAUCGCAAAACAAACAACACAAAUGGAAAUGAUGACCAUUUGGUGAUGAUGCCCUUGGUGUUGGGGCAUGUCCAUCUGCCCUUGUGAAACACACAAACAGAAAUGAGUAAAGACCAUGCACAGAUCGAAAUGGACCUGGCUUUUGGAUCAGCCAAACCCUAUGGGUCCUCAAGAAGUAUUGUGAGGAGGAUAGCUACUAGUCUUCCUCUUAAACCCUGCCCCAGGGUUCAUUUUCAGCUUUAUCCAUACAAUGAGGACGCUGGUGUCCUGAUUGGCACCAGGAGCCAGAACGGUUUGGUGGCCUCUCUGGCUGAUAUCGCCUGGAUAGACAGGGAUGAGGAGGAUGACGAAGACUUCUUUGGCAGAUCCAGCAGGUCAGGGAUCCCACCAGGAUUCGUGUUUCGAGCCUGCCGGCCUCAUCCUCAGAGAAAACCCUUAACCCGCCAGAGGUCACUACCAAGCCUGCAUCAGGGGACUCCGGACCCCCAGGGGCCAACAGUCGCUAAUGAUGAGGCCAUUCAGAAGAUCAGUGCACUUGAGACCGAACUUGCCAAACUCAGAGCUCAGAUAGCACAAAUCGUACUGGCUCAGGAAAAGUGCGCACAGCCAGCUGCUACCGCAGGGAUACCUCCACCCCCCCCUCCAUCUGGCACGCUGCCUCCCCCUCCACCACCACCACCACCGCCACCCCUACCCCCCUCAAGUCUCCAGCGGACAUUUUCUGCCAUUGACUUGAUAAAGGAGCGCAGGGGCAUGAGGACAGGCGGCCAGACAGUUUUGGAUUCAAGGCCAGCAGAAAUCCCGAGCAUGCUUGAUGUCCUGAAAGACAUGAGCAAAGUCAAGUUGCGAUCAGUCAAAAGUCGUCCAGUGGAAGGUGAUGCCAAAGUGAAGUCCAACGAGCCAGCAGAUGCUGCAGCUCUUAUCGCUGAGGCCCUGAAACGCAAGUUUGCCCAUCGUUAUCGACACAACAGUGAACGAGAAGACAAGGAGGAUUUUAAACAUCCUGUUCUAGACGUGAAACCUCAAACCGAAACCCCUUUGUUUGGGCAGCACAUGUUGAAACAAACUGGAAAAAGGAAGUUGUUCUGAACAGGUGAUUCUGAACUCGAGGUCCGGAUGUACCAUGCACACUUAGAAGUGCCUUAUCAACCCUUUUCAAUAUCAACUGUUUUUGUGGAAGAACAAGGGAUUCUGCCUGAACUAGAUGACAGUCUGCUCCAAGUAUCAUCUCAUCCGAUGACCAUCUUGAUAAUCUGUUUUUGCACUUUUAUAACUUAUAAUAUUAGCUUUCUGUUAUACAAACAUGAUUUAUUUUUGUUUACCUGAAUGUCUUUUUGUUUUUGUGAUGAAUAGUCCAAAUUUCUGCUUGUCACAGUCCUGAGUGUGUCAGAGGCACAAGGGCAUGUUUAAACACACUACUACACCACUACAGAAUCAUUAAGUGUAAUUGGUUUUAUUGUUCAAUCAUUACUUAGGUUUUUGUUAAACUUGUUGCACAUAUCAUCGUUAGUUGCAUUCCCAUUUUUAAGGAGUCUGUGAAAGCUGAAGAGUUCUUCUACCACAGAGGAAAGGGAGCACUUUCUUACUUGUGGAAUAUUGUGCUGUAUUGUUUAUAUAUGUAAAAUGACUUGUAGACUAAUUUAUGACUUGGAUCCUUCUAUUUAUGUUGUGGUUUAAGUAGAUAAUUAAUAUUUUAACACAGGUAAUUAUGUUGUAGAUUUGUCCGUUAUUAAUUACAGUUGGGUUUUAAACAAUUUUGUACAUUAUCUGUUGAACCUCUAAGUUGUAUCCCAGUUGCCAGUCUUGCCCGGGCUUUUAUGUCUUUUGCUGGUUCAAAUUUAUGCAUCCCAGUUUUAGUUGACAUUAUUUAUUUCUUUAGAAAGAUCAGCGUUUAAGAGCCAAACACAUUCCAGUGAUGCUGUGCGAGACUCUCUUUCAAUGCCAAAAAUUACAUUUUCGCAUCUCUUUUUCCUUUUCUAUUUACCAUUUAGAAUUUUGCUUAAAUAGUGAGGAAAACAGAUACUGUAUCUAUUAAGUAAAGGUCAUAUUUCUAGGUUAAUGACGGUACAAGUACAAUGUUUUGUUGCUUUAUCAGUACCUUUGUCGUAUCUCAGAACACUUUCCGAGAACUUAAAACUCACAGUUCAACAUCAUCUCUAUAGAAAUACUGCAUUGUUGUAGUUAGCUCUGUAUUAAAAACAUAUUUUCAUCAUGGUUCGUAAGGCACCCAUUGUUAUCAGUAUCCCAAAGGUAUAAAUUGUGCUUUUGUGCCAGCAAUCAUCACAUUUUUAUGCCUCAGUUUGUGUCUCAGAACUUAACUGACUCCUUGGGGUCAUGUGAGGUUUUUGGCAGUAUUUUCUUCAAAGUGACUGAUUACACAUGGUUUCCAAUUCUGUUCACUAUGCCAGUGUAGUUGCUGCUUCAAGACAACUCAACUAGUAUUACCUUUUUAUAAGUGAAGGUGGACUGGGUGUGUCAGUAGUAAUUUGAGUGAUUUAAAUGUACUAUUCAAGAUUUGUAGAAAAGUUGUCUUCCAUAAAAAUUGUCAACUUCAAUUGUGAAAUCUCUAAAUAAAAGUUUAUGGUCUGCCAGA